AGCCUUCAUUAAAUGUUAUGUUUUAAUACACACAUUUACUAUUAAGUGUCCCAAAAUGUAAUUUUCUCCUAUUGUUUACAAGAUUAAUAUUGUUACAGAAAAUGUCACAUUCCCAUAAUGUAUUUUAUUUCCAGCAGAUGGACCCACAAGCAGGAAUAUCUCAGAAGGACAUCUAAUGUUAUCCCCGGAUUGUGACAUAAAAGAUAAUGACAGCAGACAGGAUUCUCCAGGAGAUAAUCCCAUUACCCCAAUUAUACAUCCAGCUCUAUCAGCUGAUCCCUCUGAUCCUGGGAAAUGUUCUCCUGAUCACUCUGAUAUUGGUGCAUCUGUUACAGCUCUGAGAGUAGAUACAGUGUUUCCCUGUUCUAUAGAUGCCAAAUGUUUUACACAGAACACAAAGCUUAUUACCCAUCUGGCAGCUAAGGCAGGUGAGAAGCCACUGAUAUGUUCUGAGUGUGGGAAAUGUUUUACCUGCAAAUCACAACUUGUUUCACAUCAGUGCAGUCACAAAGGUCAGAAGCCAUUUCCAUGUUCUGAGUGUGGGAAAUGUUUUACAGAGAAAUCACAUCUUGUUACACAUCAGAGACGUCACACAGGUGAGAACCUAUUACCAUGUUCUGAGUGUGGGAAAUGUUUUGCCCGGAAAUCAGAACUUGUUAGACAUCAGCGAAGUCACACAGGUGAGAAGCCAUUUUCUUGCUCGGAGUGUGGGAAAUGUUUUGCCCAGAAAUCAAAACUUGUUAUACAUCAGCGAAGUCACACAGGUGAGAGGCCAUUUCCAUGUCCUGAGUGUGGGAAAUGUUUUGCACACAAAUCAGAUCUUGUUAGUCAUAACCGAAGUCACACGGGUGAGAAUCCAAUUUCUUGCACUGAGUGUGGGAAAUGUUUUACACGGAAAUCACAACUUGUUAAACAUCAGAGAAGUCACACAGGUGAGAAGCCAUUUGCAUGUUCUGAGUGUGGGAAAUGUUUUACAGAGAAAUCACAUCUUGUUACACAUCAGAGACGUCACACAGGUGAGAACCUAUUACCAUGUUCUGAGUGUGGGAAAUGUUUUACACUGAAAUCACAUCUUGUUACACAUCAGCGAAAUCACACUGGUGAAAAGCCAUUUCCAUGUUCUGAGUGCGGGAAAUGUUUCACCCGGAAAUCACAACUUGUUAAACAUCAGCGAAGUCACACAGGUGAGACUCCAUUUCCAUGUUCUGAGUGUGGGAAAUGUUUUACAUACAAAUCACUUCUUGUAAUACAUAAGAGAAUACAUACAGGUGAGAAACCAUAUUCCUGUUCUGAGUGUGGGAAAUGUUUUACAUACAAAUCAACUCGUGAUGCACAUAAGAGAAGUCACACAGGUAUAUCACCAUUUCCAUGUUCUGAGUGUGGGAAAUAUUUUGCACAGAAAUCACAACUUGCUAGACAUCAAAGAAUUCACACAGGUGAGAGGCCAUUUCCAUGUUCUGACUGUGGAAAAUGUUUUGCACAGAAAUCACAUCUUUUUGCACAUCAGCAAAGUCACACAGCUGAGAAGCCAUUUCCAUGUCAUGAGUGUGGGAAAUGUUUUACACACAAAUCAGAUCUGGUUAGUCAUAACAAAAGUCACACAGGUGAGAAGGCAUUUUCUUGCUCUGAGUGUGGGAAAUGUUUUGCCCGGAAAUCAGAACUUGUUAGACAUCAGCGAAGUCACACAGGUGAGAAGCCAUUUUCUUGCUCGGAGUGUGGGAAAUGUUUUGCCCAGAAAUCAAAACUUGUUAUACAUCAGCGAAGUCACACAGGUGAGAGGCCAUUUCCAUGUCCUGAGUGUGGGAAAUGUUUUGCACACAAAUCAGAUCUUGUUAGUCAUAACCGAAGUCACACGGGUGAGAAUCCAAUUUCUUGCACUGAGUGUGGGAAAUGUUUUACACGGAAAUCACAACUUGUUAAACAU